UAGCCCGCCUCCGGCAGACGCCGGCCUCGCCGACGGAUUUCCAGACACCCAACGAGUCAGAGGUCCGGGGAGUGUAUGAAGCUCACUGUUAAGUUCAGCCUCCCGUCGCCCAAAAAAUCAGCCUGCGAUAGAUAACAAUGAGCACACCGGAGUCGCUGGAUCGAAUGGAACUCUGUGAAAGCCUUUUAACGUGGAUCCAGACGUUUGAAGUGGAGGCUCCCUGUAAAAGGGUGGAGGACCUGACCAGUGGUGCCGUCAUGGCCCAAGUUCUUCAGAAAAUAGAUGGGGGGUAUUUUAGCGAUGCCUGGAUUAGCAGAAUCAAACCAGAAGUCGGGGACAACUGGAGAUUAAAGGUCAGCAAUCUUAAAAAAAUCCUAUCAGGCAUUCUAGACUAUUACCAGGAGGUCCUGGGCCAGCAGAUUAAUGACUUCACACUGCCAGAUGUUAAUCUGAUUGGAGAACACUCAGAUGCAGCAGAACUUGGGAGGAUGUUACAACUUAUAUUAGGCUGUGCAGUUAACUGUGAACAGAAACAAGAAUACAUCCAGACCAUCAUGGUAAUGGAGGAAUCAGUGCAGCAUGUUGUCAUGACAGCCAUCCAGGAGCUGAUGAGCAAAGAGACUCCAGUCACAGGAGGAAAUGACUCUUACUUGGAUCUAGACAGACAGCUGAAAAAGACGGUGGAGGAGCUGAAUGAUGUUUUGGCAACCAAAGAAGAGAUCGCCCAGAGGUGUCGAGAGCUCGACAUGCAGGCUCUCCUUGCCCAAGAAGAGCGUGAUAGGCUGAGGUUAGAGUAUAAUGAGCUAGAAGAAAGGGUGGCCGCUCUGCAAGAGGAGAAAAGCAGCCUCUUAGCAGAAAACCAGGUCCUGAUGGAGAGACUGAACCAGUCCGACUCCAUCGAGGACGUCAACAGCCCCGCUGGACGCAGACACCUCCAGCUGCAGACACAGCUGGAGCAACUCCAGGAGGAGACGUUCAGGUUGGAGGCCGCUAAAGACGAUUACAGGAUUCGAUGUGAGGAGCUUGAAAAAGAACUUCUGGACGUUAAAUCCCAAAACGAGGAGCUGACGUCUCUGGCUGAUGAAGCGCAGUCUCUGAAGGAUGAGAUGGAUGUCCUCAGGCAUUCGUCUGACAAAGUGUCAAAACUGGAGGGAACAGUGGAGCACUACAAGAAAAAGCUGGAGGACAUGGGGCUCCUCAGGAGACAGAUUAAGCUAUUGGAGGAGAAGAACACAGUAUUAAUGCAAAGCAGCGUCAGCCUGGAGGAAGAACUCCGAAAGGCCAACGCAGCCAAGGGCCAGCUGGAGACCUACAAGAGACAGGUCGUGGAGCUCCAGAACAGACUGUCCGAAGAGUCUAAAAAAGCGGACAAGAUGGAGUUUGAGUACAAACGGGUGAAAGAGAAAGUGGACUCUCUCCAAAAGGAAAAGGAUCGCAUGAGAACUGAGAGGGAUUCCCUUAAAGAGACGAUUGAGGAGCUCCGGUGUGUCCAAGCUCAGGAGGGCCAACUCACAUCAAGUCUCUUCCCAUUGGUCAGCAAUACUGGUUCGGAUUCUCUGGCUGCUGAGAUCACCACUCCAGAGAUGCGAGAACACGUCAUCCGUCUUCAGCACGAGAACAAAAUGCUGAAGCUGGCCCAGGAGGGAUCUGACAACGAGAAGAUCGCGCUGCUGCAGAGUUUACUGGAAGAUGCCAACCGAAGAAAAAACGAGCUGGAAACUGAGAACAGGUUAAUCAAUCAGCGCCUGAUGGAGGAACAGAGCCAAGUGGAAGAACUUCAGAAGACUGUUCAGGAACAGGGUUUAAAAGCUGAUGAUUCUUCUGUCCUGAAGAAGAAAAACAAUGAGCACAUGGAGAAACUGCGCGAACUGAACAACGAGUUACUGAAGAAAAAUGCCUGUAUUGAUGAAAUGGAGUUAAAGUGCAAUACCAGCUCUCAGCGAGUGGACGAACUGGAAGAAGCCUUGAAAAAGAAAGACGACGAGAUGAAACAGAUGGAGGAAAGAUACAAGAAAUACCUCGAAAAAGCCAAGAGUGUGAUCCGGACGCUGGAUCCGAAGCAGAACCAAGGUUCAGGCCCAGAAGUGCAGGCACUCAAAAACCAGCUGCAGGAGAAGGAGAGGAUGUUGCAUUCACUGGAGAAAGAAAUGGACAAAACGAAAAGUCAGAGAGACCACGAGGAAAAGCUCAUCGUUUCUGCCUGGUACAACAUGGGCAUGAGCAUGCAGAAGAAGGCGGCUGAAGACAGACUAGCCAGUACUGGUUCUGGUCAGUCCUUCCUGGCCCGGCAGAGACAAGCCACCAGCACGCGCCGCUCUUAUCCGGGUCACGUCCAGCCAGCUACCGCAAGCAAUGUCACUGCAUGACUGACACCCCAGUGAUCUGCACAAGCCUCGUUCGGCUUAGCCUAACCUUCCUGUGACUCACCGCGCUCUGGCCGGGGGGGCAUGCCUUGCAUGAUAUGCCUGCCUUGCCUGUCUGCAUACUGUUUGCAUGAUCCCUGCAUUGACUCGAGCCUUCAAGUAACCAGCAGCAGCACUAACAUCCUCUCUGCAGUGUUGUUUAUUUUAACCCCGACCUAGUCUAAAGACGGAUGGGUCGGCCUCCUCUUCCUCCCCAUAGUUCCUCCGUCAGCGUUCGGCCUCGUAACCGCUCAUCCUAAAGCUCUUGAGUUACAGCCUCCCCCUCCCUCCCCACGGACUCGCUUGCCUGUUACAGCUCGGGGUUAUGUUACAUCCACAGGGAAGGGUAGGUUACCGCGUCUGGCCCUCCAUCAACCCCUUCAUUUAACACGCUUUUUACACAAGCAUUUGUGGUGGAUUUAGCCGUCAGCGGCGCUAAGACAACUUCAGAGACACGUUUUCCACACAUCGGCUUCAGUUCGGCCGGACGAACAAGUUACUGUUACUCUCGGAAAAACGCGUCUGCUGAAAGUCCACAAAGUGUGUCAAACCUUUAUUUAUCUUCUGGCUAGAACAACUUUAAUUUUUUUAACCAAAUACAUUGAUUUACAGAAGCUUUAGACGACAGGAGAGUUUGUGUGGUUUGACUGUUGGUUUGUGCGCAGAUUUGCAGUGGAAACAUUCAGCAGAAAAUGUGUUUUACAUGGACAGCAUUGUUACAAACUUUUUUAUUAUUUUUUAUUUUUUUAAAUGUAAAACCCCUCAUUAAGCCCACCAGCUUGCCUCAGAUAACUCAUUCCUUAAAAACUAUAUUUAUUUUUUUAGUCUCCAGAUUGACGAUUUAAACUUUAAAUUUAAGGCAAAAAAAAACCACUUUUUAAUUAUAUUUAUUUUUUUCUGUUACUAGGAAGAAAACUCCCACAGAUAAAUAAAUUAUAUACUGUCAAAAAUGUAAUGACAGGACUUAGUUUUUAACGACACCAAAGAAAGGAAAAGACUGCAACGCAACAAGAAUUAAUAAAUUAUUAAUAAGGAUUUAUUCACUUUCAAAUAAAAUGGACAAACCAAUUAUUAUUUAUAUUCUAAAUUUAUUGAUUUAGAAUAAUUUGGCUGCUUUAAAAUGGCUGAGUGAGUUAAAGUAUUUUCAUAAAACGGUUGGAAAUAUCUUGAAUCAUUAAUAUGAGAGAGAUGAAUAAUCCUCAAUUAAAUGUUCUUUUUAAAAACAACAUUUUUAGCCUUUUAAUUGAUCAUCUGUGUAGUAAAUAUAAGGUGGGCUUAACGAGGGCUGGUCUUAACCCCGUUUUAGUGUUUUGUUUAUAUAACCUCACUAACUCAUGCCAUUUGUUUUAUCUGAAUGGCUUAUUUAUUCUUUCGCCACAUGUACAGCAGUGUUACUAUAUAUUGUUUUUGUACCAGUAGUAUUAUAUCAGCUAAAACUGUUACAACAAGAUCAAAAUAACUUAUGCAACAGAAGGAGAAGCGUCGGUGUCAGAGUGCAAUGUUUAAGAGAUGAAUUUCUUUGUAAAUUCACUGUACAGAUUGUGAUAAGGAAUUCAACAGAAAUAAAAAAAACUAUUUGCAGUAUCCAUUAAUAAAAUGAUCAAAUGUUAUGUUGGGGAUCAUCAAAAAAGCCCUUUAUUUUAAUAGGACCGUAAUUACAUGCUUUUACUUUGAAGGGGUAUUAACAAAGCAAAUUGGUCUUAAAAUAAAUGUUUUUUACUAAAAAUAUAAAUCAAAGGGGGGACUUUUUUUCCUUCUGUUUCCUCCUCGUGUCUGUUUUGUAAAGUAGCCACUAUUGCCCCUCACAAGGUAUUUCCCAGAAUGCUCUUAACCGUCCAUCCUCCCAAGUUUGGUUCGUUAAGAAGAGUGAAGUGGAACUUAACGAAGUUUUGCUGAACCUGCUAAGAUUUUACUAUCAGGGAUGCAGAGAAGAAUGUUUUUAUUCUAUAAAUGUUUACCCUAAAGAGAAUGUUACGUUAAAAUCAACCCCACAGUGUUUUGUUUUUGACUUCUUUGGUCUGUUACCUCCAUAUUACCAGAUUUCAGAAAUCGGUGUGGCCAGUGUUCCUCAGUACCAAUUUCUUGGCAAUAAAUAAGGACAAAGUGCGUUUUCAAUGCACGCUUCUUUAAAUUCACACAGCAUUUGGUAAUUCUUGCACACUUUAUCAUUGUAUUUGGUUUUUUAUACAUUUUUUUUACUGUCUCUAAGUUAAAAAGAAAAAAAAAGAAUCCCCCGGUAUUUAGUGACAUGUACUCUGCUUUUAUUGUGGCGGAGACAUCAAAAGUUCCAAACACAUGAAAUUGUCUUUUCUUUUAGAAAAACAAAUGAAAGUUUUAUUUUGAAAAUCUACAAAAUAUUUCUUUACAUCCUAAAGUAGCAAGUAAUCCUCCAUUUGCCAACUUUUCUAUUGCUUGUAUACAAAGACUUUGUACAUAUUGUUUGUGUCGUGGGACAGGAAGUGUACGAAUGAGGGAAGAACCAUAUCGAGUUGGAGGGAUUUCAUUUAGCAUCUGUACAGUAGUGAAGACCUACUGAUGGAAAUGUGCUUCCUACACCAUGAAACUUUGUAAAUAAAGCUUGUAUAAAACUAAA